CCCCCUUUCCAGUCCAUUCUCUGCCAACUCACUUUCACUCUACUAUCAUUAUGAUAUUGCAACUUCUGGGAUUGCUAGCCCUCGCCUACUUUGCAUGGAGCCUGGUGGCGUUGGAGAUUAACUAUCGUCGCGCGUCUGCCAUGGGAAUCCCCCUAGUGCGGCUCUAUAUCGACCCCCAGAAUCUGCUCUGGAUGGUAUGCGAACCGAUCAUCUGGCCAUGGCUCGACCGGCUUCCAAUCAACUGGAACAAUUAUAGUUUUGGUCGCUACUCUCGCCGCGGAUGGUACUUCGCUGACAGGGGCAAGUCACAUCAACUCUACGGUUCUGUAUGGGCGAUAGUCAGCCCCCGGCAUAUUUACAUUAAUGUCGCGGACCCAGAGGCGAUCCAUGAUAUUUUCCAGCGACGAAUGGAUUUCAUUCGGCCCAGUGAAAUGUACAAGGUUCUUGAAGUUUAUGGACCCUGUAUCUCGACCGCUAGUUGGACGGACUGGCCGCGUCACCGGAAAGUCCUAGCCACUCCUUUUAACGAAGGCAUUAUGUCCUUUGUGUGGGAUGAAAGUGUCGAGCAAACUCGUCAGAUGCUAAAUGUUUGGCUUCCUUUAUCCCAUAGCGACCAUCAAAUUCCCAGCGUUGCAAAGGAUACCCGCACGCUCUCGCUCAACGUCCUUGCCGCCACGGGGUUCCGUAAAUCAUUCCCUUUCCAUGGUAGUGCAAAUAAUGAGAGCAGCAGCAGGGGACAGCCAGGUCAAAUAGUGCAUGAGAGUGACCAAAAUGAGUCAGUUGGCUACCGUGAUGCCCUCCAGAUGGUACUUGAUAACUGUAUUCUAUUGAUGGUCAUGCCACGGAGAUGGCUUACGCUUCCAUUCGUCCCGAACUCAUGGCGUCGGCUCGGCACAGCCGCUGCUGAUUUUCAGCAGUACAUGGUUCAAAUGCUGGAUGAGGAGAUCAAAGCAUUGAAUACGGGAAAGCCUGGUACAGGCGGCUUGAUGACAUCGUUUGUGCGUGCUAUGGAUCUGCAGCAAAAAGAGGACAUUCAGGGUAAACCAGAUUUGAAGACCCUACCACUCAAAGGGCUUACCAUUGACGAGAUUUUCGGGAAUAUUUUCGUCAUCAACUUUGCUGGCCAUGAUACGACGGCUAAUACCCUAAGUUUCGCGUUGCUGCUUUUGGCAGCAUAUCCAGAGGUUCAAGACUGGGUGGCUGGGGAACUGCAGGCUCUUAGCGACGACAUCAAAGGUCACUACGCCGAUAUUUUCCCCAGGCUCAGUCGCUGUAGAGCUGUCAUGCUCGAAACCCUUCGCCUCUUCCCUCCUAUCCUAUCCUUGCCCAAGUGGACCAGCGACAAGCCGCAACUACUAUCAGUUGGGGAUAGAAACAUCAUGAUUCCUUCAAAAGUCGGAGUUCAUCCGAGCCUUCUCACCAUGCACAUCCACCCUCAGUAUUGGGAAGACCCUAUGACCUGGAAGCCCUCACGGUGGAUUCAAAUACAUCCAACGGCGACUUUAAAUUCGAAUGAACAGAUUGUCACCCCACCGCGGUGUACUUAUUUUCCAUGGUCAGCCGGCCCCCAAAACUGUCCUGGAAACAAGUUCUCGCAGGUCGAAUUCGUAGCGGUGAUGGCGAGUCUUCUACGCAGUCAUCGCGUGUAUGCUAUCCCAAAUUUAGGAGAAACUACCCAGGAGACGCGCGCAAGAGUUCUAGCUACAACGAGAAAUGUUGAUAUGCAGCUUCUUCUGCGGAUGAAAGAUGCGGAUCAGGUCCGCCUAAUGUGCCGGCGGGCAUGAAAGGCCAGCUAUGCGUUAGAUGCACUCUAUUUUUUCUGGGGUUCGUUGCAGUGAUUGAUGGAGAGAAGCGAAACAAGUGUAAGUUGGUGUUGCAAUCUGUUGCAACUCUUCGGAUUCAUAUUAUCAUGAAUCUCUUUUUAUCCAUUUUGUAUUUAUGAACUUGCUAAAAACAUAGCGGUAGUAAUAGAUUGUAAAGAGAGAUGUAAAUAUUUGCCAAGAAAUUUUGGGGCUGUCGGAUAGUGGUCAGAUAGUCGGCUGACACUGUCAGCUGAUUGGCCUGUCGGUUCGAUACACCAGUCUUACUCCAUUUGUAAGAGUCGAUACUGAUCGGUAAGUAAUAUAAACAUCUGUUUGGCAGCCUGAAGAUUCCCGUUCAGG